AUGAGGUCCAUGAUCACUCGUGCCGCCCGUUGUGGGCUCACGAACAGCUCGGCGACAAAGCUUGCUAGGCCAGUCUGGAGUUCAUGUCAGAGUUAUCGGCACUUUACGGCCACAGCAGCCAAGAGAGAUGAAGAGCGCAAAUGGUCGACACCUUUGGCCAAGCAGCUGACAGAAGCCAUAAAUACCACCGGACCGAUCCCUCUGGCCAGCUAUAUGCGCAUGUGUCUUACUUCUGACACUGGAGGCUAUUAUACGGGUGCUAUUCAGCAAGGCCGUGAUCAGUUUGGAAAAAAGGGAGACUUUAUCACUUCGCCAGAGAUUUCACAGAUAUUUGGAGAGCUCAUUGGCAUCUGGUUCGUCGCGGAAUGGAUUUCUCAAGGCCGUCCGCGGUCAGGCGUGGAGCUCAUGGAAGUAGGUCCGGGCAGAGGCACUUUGAUGGAUGAUAUGCUUCGUACUAUCAAGAACUUCCCGGAUAUGGUGUCAAGUAUUGAUGCCAUCUACAUGGUGGAAGCCAGCCCGGAGCUACGGGUAGCCCAGAAGAAUUUGCUGUGCGGCGAAGAUACUCCCCUGACAGAGUCCAAGAUCGGAUAUCACAGCACCAGCAAAUAUGCCAAUUUGCCCAUUGUAUGGACCGAGACUAUCCAGGCUGUCCCAAAAGAGGCGUCAAAGACUCCCUUUAUUGUGGCCCACGAAUUCUUCGAUGCCCUCCCCAUUCAUGCCUUUCAAGUCGUCGAUGUACCACAGCAACCUGCAGACCCCAGUAAAGCAGAUUCGCCAUCCAAGUCCAAAGCCAAUACCUCUCCCUUGCAGUGGCGUGAGAUGGUCGUGGCACCCGCACCCCCAGGCUCUACCCACGAUAGCCUAGGAACGCCAAAGCUGGAGCGACACGACGGCCCAGUCCCCGAGUUUCAGCUCGCUGUCUCCCCAUCUGCAACCCGGCAUUCCAUGUACGUGCCCGAGUCGUCGCCUCGAUACAAGGCGCUCAAGUCGACACCCAAUGCGCUCAUCGAGGUCUGCCCUGAUGCCUACCUCUACGCCGCCGAAUUUGCCGCACGCAUUGGCGGAUCUGCUCAACAUCCCAAAGAGCGAGCUUCUGGUGCAGCGCUGAUCUUGGACUAUGGUCCGAGCGACACCAUUCCAGUCAACUCGCUGCGUGGCAUCAAGGGCCACAAGCGAGUCAGUCCUUUCAGUGAGCCAGGACUUGUGGAUCUAAGUGUCGAUGUUGACUUUAUGGCUAUUGCGGAAGCAUCCAUGAUAGCCAGCGAAGGAAUUGAGGUUCACGGUCCUGUCAACCAAGGGGACUUUCUUGAGGCAAUGGGCAUACAACAGCGUGCCCAAUAUCUUGCAAAGAAGGUAGGCGACGAGGCCAAAAAGCAAGAAAUCGAGACAUCCUGUCAGAGACUGGUUGAUAGAGGCCCAAACGGAAUGGGCAAGUUGUAUAAAGCCUUGGCAAUUCUGCCUGAGAACGAGGGCCGCAGACGGCCGACUGGAUUUGGCGGUGAUGUGAGCGCAUAG